AUGGACAACCAGGACAACCGGGCCAACAGCUGGGUGUUGCGCCGCGCCAUUGCGGCCGCGAGACGGGAAAAGCGCCGUAAGCCGGCUCUCCACGGUACGGCCCUGCACCGAGCGGCCAUGGUUGGGAACAGUAAUGCUGUGGCUGCGCUGAUUCAGGGAGGCUGUGCUGUGGACCUGCAGAACAGAGACGGCAACACUGCGCUGCAUGAGGUGUCUUGGCAUGGUUUCUCUCACUGUGUCAAACUGCUGGUCAAGGCAAGAGCUGAUGUACACACCAGGAACAAGGCAGGAAACACAGCACUCCAUCUGGCCUGUCAGAACGCACACGCUCAGACUGCACGCUUUCUGCUGCUCGGAGGAUCCACACCUGACACCAAGAACAAUAUGGGUGACACGUGUUUGCAUGUGGCUGCUCGCUACAACAACCUGAACCUGGUGAAGAUCCUGCUGAGCUCUCUCUGCUCUGUGACAGAGAGAAAUCAGAGGGGGGACACGGCUCUCCAUGUGGCUGCUGCUCUGAAUCAUAAGAGGACAGUUCAGGUCUUACUGGAGGCAGGAGCUGAUGGUACAAUUAGAAACAAUGCAGGUAAAACAGCCCUGGAUAAAGCCAGAGACAACAACAACAAAGAUGUGGCACUUCUCCUGGCCAGAGCUCCUCAGGUGCAUCGCUUCAUGCGAGGAAGAACAAUAAGGAAACAAAGAGAAAGACUGACAGCUGAGCGCAGGACACAGUCUGUCACCAGAGUAGACAUUCUACCAAACAAAGACAGCAGUUCUGUGGUUGAGGAAACCACAAGCAGUGAACAGAUGGAGAGCAUGACUCCCUUCAAGAUAGGUCCUCACCAGCAGCAGCAGAAGCAGCAGCACUACCACAAGAUCCCAGCCUUCAUCAGCAGCCCCUACCACCACCACAAGAGGAGGGGAAUCCAGGAACAGGAUUUGAAUAAAGACGAUCUGAGAAAAGGCAAGAAUGACUUCCACGUGAAGAAGGACCUGCUCUGUGAUGAUGGUGAAGAUACUCGGAAUGAAAAAUCCUUUCAGCUUUACACACUGUAUCGUGAUAAGAACGGCAACAUUAGACAGGCACCAGCCAACGGAUGCCACUGUAAGCCUUUGCUCAAGAAGCUUGAGGGCCAACUGAAAUUCACGCAGGAGGACAUGAGGCUGCACAUCCUGGACAUCCAGGAGCAAGUCGACAGAAGGCUGGGCCAAAUAGAAUGCAGGAACAGACACCAGAUUAAAGUGUUGGACAUCCUGAAUCAGGAAAGAGCAGCAGCAGAGAAGAAGAACAUGAUCUACAGGACUGAGCAGAGAGUUGCACAGCUAAGAGAGGAAGCCCUGAUGACACAGGCAGCAGUGAGUCAUGAACUGAAGAAGUGGUGUAUGUCCCAGCUGAAGGACGCAGACGUCCACAUCCCAGCCAAAGCCCAAUGCUACAAACUCCUCCCCUCACCGUCUGUGGAGCAGUCUCUGGCAGACACUGACCUGGAAUCACUCCCCUUGUUGUCCAUGGUAUCUGGAGACAGCAGCACCUCACUGGCAAACUACGUCAACAUCCUGCCAUCUGCAUCUACCCACAGUGUGGAGGGCCCAGUGCAGGAGCAGCUGGGGAGGAGCACAUACUUUGAAAUGAAAGUGAAGAGGUCAUCAGAUGACUAUGAGAACACAGCCCUGUUUCCUCUGCCUGCUAAACCUACCUCAGACCUCCUCCUGGGCUCUGUUGACCCCUAUUGGCAGUCCUUGGAAAUGCAGGAGGAUCCCAUGGCAGCAGUGGUGCAACUUUGCGGGGAGGGUUUCUCCAGCAGCAGCAGUCAGCCCAGCAUCAGUGACCAGGGACCCAGACUGAUCCAACAACAGGAACAUAGCAUUGACGGACAAUACAGGAAACGCUUUGGAGAGCUGAUGAGUGGCCACAGGCGUGCAGAGAUACACACAGAGAGCACCAGGACACUGGAGUUCUUCAUCGAACGACCCACUGAGCCCACAUUCAGCCAGGAGAAGAACAAUCUGCAUGCUAAGGAGGUGACUCAGCGUUUCUUUGAGACGGUGUCGACUCAGUUGGAGCGUUGGUACGAGAGAAAGAUCACGGAGGUGGAGCAGCAGACGGAGCUCAGAGCACAGCAAGACAGGAAGGAGCUGCUGCAGCGAAUAAGCAUGCUGGAGGAGGAGCUUCAGAAGCUGAAGACCAAUGAGAAUGCAGAAAGCUGAUGCAACUUGUAGGUAUAGGUAGUUGGAGAACAUUAUGGAACUUUUACUUUAGCUAACUAUGAAGACACCCCAUACUGUCUUCUGUCAAAUGAAGGCAACAGGCCUGUAAAUUAUGUACAUUAAGUAUAUUAUUACUGUUGUGUAAAUAGUAGUUGAAUGUUAGAAUUGGAUUCUGUUAGAUCAUCAUCAGCAGCAGCUGCUGCAUCAUCAUCAUCAUCAUGUAUGUAUGUAAUGGAGGCAUUUUAUUGAAGGUAUUAACUGUAGUUUUUGAUGAAUGGAGGUUAUCAGUACUUGGACAGAUUACUGAUAGAGAGCUUCAUCAAAUGACAAUGACAAUCAGCUGAAGCUCAAUAUCAGCAAAAUAAAUGAGCUCAUGAUGAAGGUUUAUGGUGAUCAUUCAGGGAAAGAGAGUGAAGAAGGAGGACUUAAGUACCUUAAAAAAUUGGACCAGACUCUUCAGGGACAGAAAAGCAGACUGUUCUUCCUGAGAAGACUCAGGAUACAAACAGGACUUUGUUGAGCUCUGUUGUUCUUGUUCUGCUGUAUGU